GGUUGCUAUUUGUUAGCAUGUGCCAGAGCUUGUCACAUCCAAUUUGGGCGCUUUUUUCGUUUCUCUCAAUUCUGUCCUUGUUGCCUUCUGAGAUCAGAAGGCAAUGAGACGCGAUCACAUGAAAUGAUGAACUCCCUUUCCACAUUUUUUGUGGUGGUCCACCAAGAAAGCUUUCAUUUGUGUCUCGGUGAGCUGAACACAGGUGAAGAUCAAGGACAUGACAUCCGUUUCCACAUCAAGAGGUGUUGUUGAUGGGAUUGCACAUGGGUCCGACGGUACGACAGUCGCUCCCUCCGAAGGACCGAAGCAAAAGAACUCUUUGUGAGCUUGAGGCUCUCUGUGUGUACAAUUAAUUUGAGGGUAGGUAUUAAGACGCUGCAGAUGCUCAGCAGAAGCGGAAGAGGAAACGGUUUGGUUGAUGAUAUCUUGAUGGACACGGACUCUCUUUAGCCAUUUGCUUGCAACACCUUUGCAGACAGUACGUUCGCUUAAUUUUGAGGGCAUUUGUCACAAUUUGUGACAUUUUAGAGGGUAACGAUGAUUGCAGGUCAGGUCAGGCCAGGUCAGGUCAGGUCAGGUCAGGUCGGAGUCUCUAGGUUGGGUCAGAUCACUCUCGGACAUUGCAGGGUUCGGUCUGACAUUGGCUAUAGGUCAGAUCAGACUCUGAUAUCGCUACCGGUAGGUAGGUUGGGUCAGAUCAGACUCUGAUAUUGCUACCGGUAGCUAGGUUGGGUCAGAUCAGACUCUGAUAUCGCUACCGGUAGGUUGGGUCAGAUCAGACUCUGAUAUCGCUACCGGUAGGUAGGUUGGGGCAGAUGAGACUCUGAUAUCGCUACCAGUAGGUUGGGUCAGAUCAGACCCUUCAGGUUGAGUCAGAUCGAACUCGGGGAUUGCUAGCUUGGGCCAGAUGGGACUCUUGUUCCAGGUUGUGUGGCAAGCUGGAUUGAUGAGACUGCUACUAGUCUUCUGCUGUGGUUUUGCACAAAAGUAUAUCCGUGGAGGUGCUGCCCAUUCCCACUGAACUCGUGAAACAGUGAUCGUGGCAUUAUCACGAUGCCUCACUGGGAGGCAUGUGGUAGACAGCUGGUACCUGCAGGUCCAUCACCUGUGAGGGAGGGAGAUGAUUUGUUGUGCGCCAUUGAUUGUGUUGACGGCGCUAUCGUUCACUGGCAUGGAGAUUGGACUCGUCCCCUAGAAACCGGUUAAAAUUUUUGAGUUACAUAUAACUCAAUAGCUGUGGACAGAAUUGUGGUUCUCAAUGACUUCCUUCUUCUGCCCGCCCGAAUGGAACAUAUGGUUAUUUUCACUGCAUCUGGACAGAAAGGUGACCCAAAUACGGCUAUAAUGAACGUACGGUCUCUUCGGGGGAAGAUGGUAAUAUAACCAUUCACGCGUGUCACGACUGUAGCCAACAGUGUACCUCCUGUGUCCUCUCUUCGCUUGCCACACGCCUUUGUUCUAAGAGUUGGGAACUUGGGACUAGGUUCAGAAUCGUUUGAUAUCAGAGGAGUGUUCCUAGUUGGGGACUGUGGAAAUGUUCAAAACACGUUGUCUUUUUUUGCCAUUUUGGCGGUGUAGUGUUCAUUAGCUGAAGUGACAUUUGUCUGUUUGGAAGGAAACAUGGUAUGGAUCCAGAUUGAAUUUGAUUUUAUUUGUGUUCAGUUUACAAUUGACAAUUGGAAAACUUUAGAGUCUUAAGGGGAAAAAAAGGUGUCUUCUGGAGGAUGCACACAGAGACACGCACACACACACAUACACAGAGAGAGAGAGAGAGAGAGAGAGAGAGAGAGAGAGAGAGAAACAUGUCAGCAUGAUGUGGAGAGGUGAUCGAUCACAAAUGGGUGGACGAGUCAGAGGUUUGCUGUAUAGCAUAAUAAAGAGCAUUCUCAAGAUUUACAGCAUCAAGGGUUCUAGCAUCAGGAGUUCUUUGCAGACAGAUUAUCAAGAAAUAAAGUCCAGCAGGGAGGCGGAUCACAUGGUGUGGAGAGGUGAUCGGCGGGUGAAUUAUCAAGAAAUAGAAGUCUAGCAGGGAGGUUUUCACAUGGCGUGGAGAGGUGAUCGACGGGUAAAUCGGUGGAUGCAUCAGAGUUUUGCUGUGUAGAUAGAGGCAAAUGGGCCUUGUCAAGAUUUCCAGCAUCAAGGGUUCUUUACAGGCAACAGAUCAUGAAGAACUCCCUCCGCCAGGGAGUUGUAUCACAUGGCUGCGAUAAUUUUUCCAAUUCCGGUGUCGAUCUGGCAUAUACAUGGAAGGGGGCAGCUGUGAAGUCAAUCGUGAUUCCUGAAGCAGCGAAGAUUGAUUUUCCCACGGUUCUUUUCAUGCGUGUUGCUGUUGGCUUGUCCAGCCGACACCAGCCGACAUUGGAGUCAAGCUUGGCCAGUUUGCAGUGUGGACAGAAGACAGCAAUGAACUUCAAAAGAGUGACAACAACCAUGGUUGAAAUAGACUGGAGCACUGGUUCAAAAAAAAAAAAAAAAAAAAAAAAAAAAAGAUGAAACAUCUGGAACAUUUCAUCAAGAGCAGAGCAUUUUAUGGCACAUCUUGAUGACUGUAAGAUUCAGAGCUUUUUAUGGCACACCUUGAUGACUGUGUAAGAUUGUGCCAGGGUCAACCGAUGUGGUCAUCGACGAUGAAGUUUGCAAAGGGAUUACAUGGUUGUGGUGGGAACAUGUUAUCAGAGCUUCCCCCCCUUCACCUGGGGUCUGUGAUGACUAGAAGAUUGCCGUAUGGCCAAUCCGAUGUGGUCAUCGAUGAUGAUGAACGACUAGAAGAUUGUCGGAGGGCCAUCGAAUGUGGUCAUCGAUGAUGAAGUUCGGGAAGACAGACUACAUGGUUGUGAUGAUGGAAUGUUUCACCACAGCUUGACAUGGCAUAUCAUUGACAACAGCAAAAAAAAUGCCGAAGGGUACUGAGUGUCCUGUUCGGCACUCGACAGUUGCGUCGUCGCCGUAUAUCUGGGUCUCUCCGAGAACGACAUGUCGAUGAUAUUUGCAGCAGAUCAUGGAUAAACCUGUUAUCAAGAACUCCAGCAUGAAGAUGGAUCAAUCGGUGAGAUGGCGGAAACUCGACAUGCUACAGUACAGAAGAGGUGACACUGUGUGUUCGUAGCCGAUAUUUGAGUCAGGUUCGGUUUUCUCUUUUUGUGGAGAAGAUAUAGCAAAGUUCGAGAUGACCACAUGGUCGUGCUAUGUAUCGCUGAGGUUAAUGGCAUUGGCUGCAACCUCCUCGGUUGGUCUGUUCGAUGGGUGGUUGUGAGUAAGCGCGUUUGUGUGGGGAAUUUUGAGGCUGCCGGCGAUGGGACCGAUUGUCAUCUUGCGGAUCCUGAUCCGAAUUUGCUCUUAAGCACACAAACCGUCUGGCACUAACUCUUGCAAAGAUGGGAAUCAACUCUCUGUUUCCUCUUCCAGUACCCGAAACCUACCUUAUCCUUGUUCUGCUACCCCCACUUGGGCCCCCUUCCUCGGACCGUCCCACUGUCAGUCAGUUCUUCACGCCAUUGGAUAUCUCAUAAUAGAGUGCGUUCCCUCAUCGUAAUCAUCAUCAUCACGCCUCUCCCUCCCUUACUCUCUUCCUCAAGCCUGCCCCAUCUCUCCCUCUCUGUCUCUCUCUCUCUCUCUCUCAGGUGCACCUUCUUCAGAGAUUUCCUCGGAGGAGGCACACGGCUGUGACUUCGGACUUGGGAAGCUACGGUAGCAGGAUUACGAGUUCUUGUUCACAUUAGAAGUGAGUCUGGGUGGUUUGUUCCACCAGUUGAGUGCAUGUUACAAGGUUGGCAAAGCUUUGACAGGAGAUCACUAAGGUGGUGGUGGUGGUAUGAGUGGGCAGGGAAGUUAAUGUCAUCAGCAAAAUUGAAGCUUUCAGUAGCAGGGAUUCCUAUCUGCAGUCCAACGAUCCCUGUUCUGAUACAAUUGGCUUGUUCUGUUAUCAACUUCACACGU